GCACUGAUUUCAUUUAUUUAUUGACCUUUUCCUGAAUGCGUCGUCUGACUGACAUUAUAGUUGAAUAUAGAAUGACAUAGCUGAUAAUCUACUGACCUUUGAACAAAAUUAAUUUAUUAUACAAAUUUCUAUAACCUUAUCAGUUUUUUCGGAAAGUUUUGGAGCCGCAUAAUGAAUUCGAACUCUUAUAUAUUUCAUUAUUAUAGCCAUUAUAAGCAGCGAAUAAUGACAGUCGAGAAAAGAUUGGCUAUUAAAAUGAGCUUCUCGUGAAAAUAAUUUUAAAUCCAAGCAAUACUUCAAACUUUCAUGUGUAAGGAUAAUUAGAAUAUUUUUUUUACUUAGGCCUCGAUUUCUACGAAAUAUUACUUCGCAAAUUUCACAAAUUUUGAUCUCGUCCUUUGAGGGGUAACAAAGUCCUCCUUUAUCUUUUUUUAAUUGAAAGCUAGCAUAUUUAGUAUUUGAUAUGACAGCGGAGACACAGUCUUCACAUUGAAGCUCUUUUUUAGUUUGCUCACAACAAAUCCAGCAAUGUAUACAAUUAUAUGAUUUGAGAAUUCUGUCAAUAUACUUGGAUCUGUUAAAUAAUCAUGAUCUUUCAUUAAAAUUCCAUCAAUGUCUUUAGUAUUAACAUCUAAGUCAAUAUUAUCAAUUAAUCUAUUUUUAUCGGAUGUUUUGUUUAUUGCUUCUUCAGGUUCAGGUUUGGUUAGUGUUAAUAUGUUUAUAUGUUGUAAAGGAAUACAAUUCCCUGAUAAGAUAUGCUUCAUUUCACCGUGUAUUAACAUUCUUUUAAAUGCUGACUUAAAUUGUCUAGCAGAAGGAUUAUUGUUAAAUCCUCCUUUGGCUCUAAUAGCACUGAAAAAGUAUUGUAAAUGAUCCUGGCUUACUUUAUAAAUGCUCAAAAAUUUAAGGUGAUUAUGGAUUACCAGAGAUUCAUGUUAAUAAAAAACACUUUUGAUACAAAUUACAAAUCCCAAAAAUCCCGUUUUUCUAUUAGAUAACAUUAUGUUUUUGUCUCCUAAUUUUAAUUUAUUUAGAUAUGUUAUCAUUUCGUCUAAGAAAGGUUUUAUUUCCGAGAAGUUUUUUGUUAAAUAAAAGACGUGCGCUCGGUGCAAUGGUUUAUUGCGAGACUGGUUGAUGCCUACGAUACACACACAUACAUGACAUUUUUGUUUGUUAUGGGUUUUUUGUAAGAGUAUGCAUUUAAAUUUCUUGAAUUCAUUAUAUCGAAGAUAUUAUUAAUUUUUCGUAUAAAGUCAACAGUACCAGCAGAGUUCUUAAAACUGUCAAUAUUAAGUUCUGUAUUACAAAAUUCAAUCGCAUUUGCAACAGAAUCACUCAUAACUUGAGCGGUUAACUUUACCUUCAUAAUUUGUUUGCAGAAAUUAAUGUGUGAUUUAUUUAGUUUAUUACUUAAAUGCAACCCUUCAUUAUCCUGGAGCUCAACAAGUGAUUUUAUAUGCUCCCGGGAUACUAUUCGACCCUGAGGAUCGAUGAUUGGCCCUUUUUCUCCUAGAGUAUUCCUUAUUAACUUAAGCAUAUGUGAAGGGUCUGGAAAUAUAACUAUCUUGUUAUUUCCGACGGUGAAACAAACUUUUGCCAUUGCAAAAUUUGUAGGACAACCGUCUAAACUUAGAGAAAUUAAAUCGAUUCCACACUCGUCGGUUAAUAAUUUAAUACAAGUAGUAACCAAAUUAGCUCUUUUUAUCCUUCCAUUAGCUUCUGUCUACUCCAAAAAAUUGAAAUAAAAAGGGAAAAGAGUCUUCAUUCAUAGAUUACUGUCUCAGUGUCUUCAUUUAAAAAAAUAAACUUCAUUAAUUCAUAUUGAGAAACAUUGUAAUCGUUUCUCGAUUUUUAUAUUCAAUUACACAAUAGUGAGAUAAGAAGGUACAACACUAUUAAAAAAAUUUUUGAAAAGUCGGUUAUUUUUUGGUCUGUCAUGGUGCAUGGUUGUGUGUUGAUUUUGAAAAGGUAGCUUGAAUUAAAUAAAAUUUGCAAUCCUUGCGAAAAUGUUGAAUGUGCACAGUCUACAAAUUGCAGUUCACAGUAACUGACCAAAUCAAGCUUACGACUAUUGAAUAAAGAGUGCGGAAAAAUGAGUGACAAUAUCAAAGUAGUUGUCAAAGUUAGACCUCUGAUUGCUCGCGAAUUAGAAGACAAACUUUCCUAUCAGUGGCGUGUAAAAAAUAAUACUUUAUAUCAACUUGAUCACAAUGGACGAGAUAUUGGUACAUCCUUCACAUUUGACAAAGUUUAUGAUAAGGAUACCAAAACUUCUGAUAUUUACAAUGACAUUGCGAAACCUAUUGUGGAAGCAGCUACAGCUGGUUUCAAUGGUACUAUAUUCGCAUAUGGACAGACCUCUUCAGGUAAAACAUACACCAUGUCAGGAACAGAGACCUCGCCUGGAAUAAUUCCUCUUGCUGUAUACAAUCUCUUUGAAAUUAUCAAAAGUAUACCUGACAGAGACUUUUUAGUAAGAGUAUCAUAUAUAGAAAUAUACAAUGAGACACUGAAAGAUCUUCUCAAUGUUGAGAAGAAAAAUAUCAAAGUGCAUGAAAAUUUUCAAGGCAUUAAAGUUGACUGUACUGAGCAAGUGACCACCUCCCCUGAUGAAGUACUAAAAUAUUUAAAAGAGGGUGAGGCAAACAGACAGACUGGUGCUACCAACAUGAAUGAGGAGAGCAGCAGAUCACAUUCAAUUUUCCAAAUUACAAUAGAAUCUCGAGAUCAUAUAGAGGGGGAAGAAGAAGCUGGUUGUGUGAAUGUUUCAACCUUGAACCUGGUGGAUCUGGCUGGUUCUGAGCGGGCGGGCCAAACUGGGGCCACAGGGAUUAGAUUCAAGGAAGGCACACAUAUUAACAAGUCCUUAUCAGCACUAGCCCUUGUAAUUAAGCAAUUAUCAGAAGAUCAAACUAGACAUGUUAAUUACCGUGACAGUAAAUUAACGCGAAUAUUACAAAACUCACUUGGUGGGAAUGCCAAGACUAGCAUUAUUUGUGCCAUUACUCCAGCUGCUGUAGAAGAGACUAUCUCAACGCUUCAAUUCGCCAAUAGAGCUAAAGCAAUCAAAAACAAGCCUGAAGUGAAUGCUGUAGCAACAGAUGCCACUAUGAUACAGAGCUUAACAAAGCAACUGUCUAAGUUACAAUCUCAAUUAGAAACCAAGAAAAAUUUGGAAGUCAUGUUGGAGAGCAAGAAGAAUGUAGAGCAAGACAAUUACAACCUGCAAAAGCAAAUAGCGGCUUUGCAGCGGCUCAUAUUGAAUGGGUUCGGCACCAGAAGCAGUUUAGACAUGAUGGGAACCCGACGGAAAUUGGUUCCGCCGCGUCGAAUUACAAUAUCCACUUUACAUCCCAUAGAAGAAGACGCUCCGCCGAUAUUACCGAAGUUCCAUACGCCCCUUCUUAAAUACAAUCCAAUGUUACUACCUAGCAGUACUGACUUUGUACCAAUACAAAGUACUGAUAAAUUGGCAUGUGUUUCUGAAGAAAACGAGAAUAGACUUGUUACACCCCCACCACCAGACAAGAAAGUAAAUUUUAAUGACGAAGUCAUAGAACUUGAUAGUGAUGAUGAUAACAGCUCUGUAGAUGUUCAAACUUGCUCUCCAUAUCAUAAAUGUUAUGGAUCAUCGAAAACCCCACCAUGUGUCCUAAGAAAAAAUGCCAAAUUAGCUGAGAAAAAUCUUAAAGACAUUGUAGAACUUACAGAAAGGGAAAAAAUAUAUACUCCAAGUGUGAUUGAAUUAAUAGAGAAAUUAGAACAAAAUACGUCUGUGCUAACUAGUCUGCAAGAUGAAGUGAAUGCGCUUCAUAAAAUAAGUAAAGAGAAAGAUUUGGAGAUCGAUCAGUUGCGAGUCAAAGUCUGUAAAUCUAAUGAGGAAGUUAAUAAUGUAAAUACUACUAAGGCUGAAUUAGAAACUCUUUGUAAGGAAUUUACAACUAAAUUAACUGAUUGGGAAGUUAGUUACGAAACAUUAAAAAAUAAAACUACAAGAAGAGAACAAGAAUUGUUAUCACUCUUGGAAGAGCAAAAAUCAUUCACUGUGAAUAGAAAAAUAGAUGAUCUAAGUAGACCGCUACCGAAACCUUUGAAUAAAGAAUUAAAUUUUAUGGACUUGUCCAAAGAUAUAUCUUUAGUGAACAGUGAUAAUGAGAGUAGUAUUGUUCACACCAAUGAUGACGAAUCUUCUCAAUUCCAAGAUUUAAUCACAGACAUGCAAAAACAAUUGAGAUGUAAGGAUGAAACUGUGCAACAAUUAGAAGCUGAACUGCUCUCUCAAAAACAAGCUAUUUUUUCAUUAGAAAACACUAGCCGUCAACUUCAGUCUACAGUCGACACUGUCAAAGAAAAGCUAAAACUACUAGAAGACGAAAAUUCACUGCUAAAAGCAACCGUAGAUACUUUAAACUCUACUAUAACUAGUCAAAAAUUAAAUCUAGAAUCUGCUAAUAAUGAUAUUGAAUCGUAUAAUAGCCUAAUACAAGAGUUACAGAUUAAAUUAUCAAAUAAAGAAAGAAUCCUUAACUUAAAUAUAAAUGAAACUAGUAUCGAAAGUAUGAUAGCUAAUGAAGAGAAAUUUAUUGCUAAUCAUGAAAAUAUGCAGAAUAUUAUUCAUUGUUUUAAAGUAACCCUAGAAUCUCGGAACAAAGAGAUAGAGGCACUGAAGUCCAAUUUUGCAAAUGGAUCUUCUGUUGAGAAUGACUUGAGAGAAAAACUUGCAGUAAAAGAAAAAGAAAUUUGCAACCUUACUGAUAAAUUAAAAUCAUUAGAAAAUAGGAUGAAUGAUAACAUAGCUGUGCUUGAAAAAUUGAUACAGGAUAAAAGCCAAUUAAGUAAUAUAGAGCACCAACUAAAUUGCAAGCUAUCGGAUAUUAGCAGAAGAAACCAAGAGCUAGAAAAAAUAAACGAGGAAAAUAGAAUAAAUGUAAAUUCGUUAUUGGAACAAAAUCUGAAACUUAGAAGUACAAUUUCUGAAAAAUAUAUUGUAGAAGAAAACCUUACUAGAAAAAACGAAGAAAUUAAUGAGAGACUUCAAGAACUGCUUUUAAAAAUUAGUAGUUUAGAAAAUGAAUUAUGUGCUAAAGAUACCAUAAUUAACUCAUUUAAUAAAGUAAACGAACAUUCUAACGAGAAUCUCAGGAAAGCAAAAGCUGUUUUGCAAUCAAUACAUAACAGUUUAGUAAAAUUAGAUAGCAGAUAUGAAGAUACCACUGACUAUUGUGAUAAAGCAACCGAAGUAUUUAGUAUUCUAGAAGAUAAGUGGACUGAUUAUCAAUCAAAAGUGAACGAAUCAUUAUCAUUAAAAGAAGUAGAUAUUCAAACCUAUUUAGAAUUAAAUAGGGAUCUUGAAAUAUCGAACACUGAACAUAAAACAGAAAUAAAUGACUUACAAAAACAAUUAACACAAAUGAGUGCCGACCUCAUUCAGUAUAAAAAUUUAAAUAAACAAAUGUCAGAUGAUCAUCAAGAGUUAAACCGACAAUUUGAAACCAAACUCGUCGAUCACGAAAACUUAAAUUCCAAUUUAAAUGAUCUUAGGAAAGACAAUGAAAAACUUCAUUGCGAUAUUCUGAAAUUGCAAUCAUUAAAUAAUGAGGCGGACCAAAAUCACCAAGAUACAGAAAAUCAAAUUGAAUCUUUAGUUUCUACUAUAGAAUUAAAAACCAAAACAAUGCAAGGAAAAGAUGAGGAAAUACUUGAAUUAAGACAAAACCUACAUACCCUAAAGAAAGAUUUAGAUAAUAAAUCUAUCGAAGUAAUUGUCAUAUCCCAAAAAUUAGAUGAAACUGUAACUAAUCAAAGGUUACAAUUCAAUUGUAUUUUAGAACAGACAUCUAAAGUACUGGAAUCACUAAAUAUUAAUGCGAACGAUUUCACUCAUAAUGAUGGCCCAACCUUAUAUGAAAAUGUUAUUUGUAAAUUGCAAAAUAUUGCUAAUCACAUAAUAAAUGUUAGUUGCAAAAAAUGUGAACUUAUAAAAGACUCUCUGACUGCGACACAAAAAGAAAUGAACCUUUUAGCUAUCCAAAAUGAGGCCUUACUUGAAAAACUGUCAAAUACAGAAUCAAGAAAUCGAGUGUUAUCCCUUGAACUAGAUGAAAUUAAAUUUCAAAAUAAAACUUUAAAUAAUAAUUUAGCUGAGGUAAAUAAAACAUUAGAACUACUUCGAAUAGAAUUGAAAGAAAAAUCUACAGAUAUUGAAAUAAUGGUUACAAAAACAGAAGAUUUGAAAAAACACUUUAUGGGAUUGGAUCACGUAAUGCAAGAUGAAUUAAAAGAACUCCUGGCCCACAAUGAAAGGCUUAAAAUUCAAUGCUUAGAAUUGGAGUCCACUAAAAGCAAAGAAACCAUUCAAUCUACCGGUGACGAUAUUGAUAGUCGUACUGUAACGUUAUCACAGUAUGAUGAAGCAUAUCAGGUUAAUGUCGUUGAAAAUAAAUCACCACCUAGUUUACUUACCAUAUGUUGUAAUAAAAUAGUAGAAACUAUACAACCAUCGGAAAAUUCAAUUUCGACAACGAAUUCUGAUAUAAGUUUACCGGUAAAAGAGCUUGGACAAAAACUGUGUAACUGUGAAGAAAUAUUUUCUGAAUUAAAAGGUUAUCAAAGAGAAAAUGAAAAAUUGAAAGAACUUUUGCAGCAACGGGAAAUAAAAAUUAAAGAUUUGAUAGAGGAGCAGGAAGCAGUUCGUCACGAAGUACAACUUCUUCUGGCACCUGCCAAUGAACUACAGAAGAAAAUCAACAGUCACAAAACUAAUCUAUCUACCCUCACUGCUACUACUUAUGCCGAAAACAAGUCUCUGAAAUCCCAAGUUACUGUUUUACAACAUCAUCAUAGUCGAUUUCACAAUGUUUGUCAAAGAGAUUUACCAGUUGUGAAGAAGCAAUUGUAUGAACUUAUGACUAUAUUAAAGUCUGACAACUCGUAUAUUGAUAAACAUAAUGCCAGUUUCAAAAGGUAUUCCUUACCAAGUGUCUUUGACAGCAAUUCCACCCUGAACAAUUUAAAAAAUGAAUCUACUUUAGAUGGUGACCUAUUAAUGUUAGAUACAAACAUGACAUUAGCAACUUCAACUGAUAAUACUCUAAUGGGUAUCGAUCAAACGUGUUUAGAUAUUUCUCAAAUGUGUACAAACAAUGAUGUGGCAUGUCAAACUAUUGAACAUUUUGUAUCAAAUAAUAUAGAAAAAUUAUCACAUAUAGACAAAAUAACGUAUGAAAAUGCGAAAUUAUCUGAACAGAUACAUAUGUUGAAACAAGAAAAUGAGGAUCUAAAAAUACAAAUACAACAACACUCAGUUAUAUCUAAAGAGAGAAUUGAAGUCAGCCCUAUCAAAACAGAUAUUUUGUUUAAAGAAUGUGCUAAAUGUAAUAUUUUCUUAGAAAAUGAAAAAUUCUCUGAAGAAAAAAUAGCAGCACUAUCGCAAGAAUUAAUUAAUAUAAAGUCCCUCAAAACUGAAUUUGAACAAAAAUAUAAUAACCUUAUUCUUGAGGUCCCGUCUACAGAAUCAUUAAUACGUAAAUUAAAAGCACUUGAAAGAGACUGUAAAAUUAAGUCUGAAGAAAUAUUGAAGUUGUCUAAUUCAAUUAAUGCUAAAAACACCCAAAUUAAGCAAAUUCAACAAGAAAAUGAGUGUUUAUCCACACAAGUAAUGGAAGUCAUAACAGAAAGCGAUAGCCAAGCCAAAGAACUAGAAGAUCUCAAAGUCGAAAAUGCUAAAAUGAAAGCAAAAAUUGAAAAUUUACUCAAAGACCAUGAAAUUAUCUUGCAAUCAGAUUGUACUCAAUGUCGAAUAAAAACGAUGCCAAACGUGGACAUGCCUGGAAAACUGAAUCGAAGUCUAAGUGACUCAGAAACCUCCUCUAGGAUCAAUAAAAUUUGCACGUUACAGAAUGAGUUAUACGCCGGUAGAGAGGAUUGUAAAGAAUUAACAGAAGAUGUUGCUACUAUUAAAAAUCAUUUAGAGCGAAAUGAGUUAUCUAUAUGUCAGAAUAUGGACUUAGAUGAUAGUAUGGGAGAAAGUAAUAUUUACACGUUUAAGAAACACGAUUCCGUUAGUCCUCCACUCGAGGAAUCAAACUUGACAAAUAAUCAGCAAGACCGGCACUGCAGUGAUUGUGCUUUAAACAAAUCGAAAUGCAUAAACUAUUAUAUAGAAAAAAUGGGAUGUAGCGAAAAAACUGUAAAUGACAAUAUGAACAUUGUAGAUUUGAUGAAAAUGUUUUAUAAUGAGUUGUCGACUAAACAUAACGAGGUUGAAAAUUUAGUCAACAAGAUCAAAUGCUAUGAGGAGUCGAAAAAUCAGUUAGAAAAACAUGUGGAUAACAUAUCUAUGGAAUAUUCGAAAGUAAAAGAAUCAUUAGAACUUAAAGAAAAUAACUUCGAGACUGUGACAAAUGUGCUAUCUCAGAUAAGACAAAAUAUCUUAUUAAUUGCUCAACAAAUGUCUGAUGUUAAUAACUCCGAAAAUAAAAACUUGAAUCUUGUUACUAGUUUCAAAGAAAACCUUUUGGUUAUUUUAGACAAAGAGUUUGAUUUAUCUUCUGUCACGGUUUUUGAAAAUGUAAUUGAUGCCCUAGUUACUAAGCAUCACAAGGAAUUAAGAAGUAUUACAGAACAGUACACUACAUCACAAAAGCAUAUCGAAAGUUUGUCGUCAGAAUUGAGUACAGUUAAUAAAAAAUUAUGCGAUAUAAAAUGUCAGCUAUCUGACAAAGAAAACGAAUACAAUUUACUUAAGGUUCAAAAAGAGAAAAUCCAUGAAAUCAGUAAUGCUGUAACUCUAGAUAUAAUUAGAAAGGAACAAGAGCUUUGUGAAACUAUUGCAAAUGGAUGCAAAAAGCUUAUGGAUCAUAAUAUAAUGUGUUCUAGAGACUUUGAUACGACAUUACCCUUAAAUAAGCAAAUCAAUGUACUCCUUGAAAGGAUUUUGACUGAAUAUAAUCCCAGUUCAAUUGAAGCCGAAAAAGAUAAAGAAAAUCUGGUUUUGGAAAUAAAUAAAUCCAAAUUAUGUUUAGAAGAAAGUAAGAAAGCAUUACAAACAUUAAAAGUAGAAAAUGACAAAUUAAAAGAAAUUAACGAGACUGUAACUCUUGAUUUAAUUAAUGUAGAAAAACAUCUACAAUUUGAAAAAACCUCGGCCGAACACAUAAAUGCAAUGUAUGAAAAUAAACUGAAAGAAAAUGAUGCCAACAUUGCAAAACUGAAUGAACUAACUCACGAAUUGCAAUUAAUGAAAGAAGAGUUUAAAGAUAAGGAAAGUAUUAUUUGUGAUCUUAAAUCAGAAAAAGAAAUUCAAACUUCUACUGUCACUGAAAUGAUAACUAAAAUAAAUAUUUUAGAAGAAGAAAUCAAGAAAGUGAAAAUAUUAAAUGAAAUCAUAAUCAAGGAAAAAGAAGAAUAUGCUCUAGAGCUCGAAAAUUGUAAAGAAGCAAUUAAAUCCAAAAAUGAAGAACUUGAUAAAUUGAUGUCUGAUAUACAUGUAUUGAGAAAGUCGGUAAAGGAAAAUGUUUCCAUCAUGGAAAACUUGAAAAUGGAAGCAAAAUCUUUGUUGCAGCAAAAUCUCGACAUUAAAAUACAGUUAGAAGAAAAAUCUAAAGACUGUUCUCGUUUAGAAAUGAACAUAAAAACACAUGAAAAAACUGCAGAAAUACAAAGCAAAAUGAUCAUUAGGCUACAAAAACAAAAAGGUGACGAUGAUAGCACUAUUAGCGAAAAAAAUAAACAGAUUGAAGAGUUGUCACAACAGUACAGCGAUUUACGAAAAGAAUGUGAAGCUAUGAAGAACAACAUCAAGGAAUCCAGGGAAGAAAUAGAAAUGCUCAAAAACAUCAAAGAAUCUAUUGAGAUGCGGUUAUCUGAAGUAAAUACUGAGUCAGCUCCCAUCAACAAGCAGCGAGUGUCAAUGGAAGCCGACACGACCCGCAGACGUCGCCAAAGCAUUCACGAUUCCAAACGAGUGUUCGAUGAAGACUGCGGGGAUCACAAUAAAAUGGAAGUUGUGUUCGAUUCGCGCGCGAAACCGCUGGAUUUCUUCAUGGACGUUGAUGACGGCAGUUCCGACAGAAGUACUCCACUCAGAUCUAGCAGAGGACGCGAUAGUUUCACGUCAAGGCACGAACAGGUUGAUAGGGACGACGACCCCCCGUCCCGUCCUAGCAGCGUGGUCGCGACCCGUCGCCGUCGGCAGAGUUCACACGACCUGCAUCGCAUCGGAGUACAGCACACACCCUCGCCGCACGAACGGAAUUCAAGUACGCAAAACAAUUCCACUGAUUUAAAACCAUCAGAUAUAGAUAACAAUAAUAUACAGAGCGAAGUGGCCCAACUGCGUGAGCAACUUUCUACAUGCCAACAAGAGUUAGAAGAGCUAAAAGAACGGUACCGAGAAGUAGAUGAAGAGUGUGAGAUAUGCUCACAGUACCUGCGGGAAAGAGAAGAACAGUGUUUACGACUCAAGAAGGAAAAAGCAUCUCUGACGAACGUUAUCUCUGAAUUACAAGAAAAACUAAAAUCUGUUAAUCCGAACAGAAGUCAACAAGCACCUAAACGCGCUUUUGCUGAUGCAUUUGUAAACACUGAUGAAGACUGGACUAACCUUCACUCGGUGGUUGUCGACCGAAUGUCCUUUGAUGCAGAAGUUGAGAAGAACAAAAGAUUGACCAAACUCAUAGAAGAGUUAAGAUACAAGAAGCAAGAGCUUAAGAACGUAAUCGCUAAAAUGCAAAAGGCAUUGGACAGGAAUUUGGCACGAGAUAACACUAAAGAACUCGAAGUCACAAAAGCGGAACUCAAAGCGUGCAAACAAGAAGUGAAGGAAUUGAGAGAGAAUUAUAAGAAACUAGGUGCGGAGUACGACUCUUGCGCUCAGUAUUUAGGGGAAAUGGAUGAGCAUUGCCGUAAGUUGAAGGAAGCGAAGGCAGUGCUGGAGGUAAGGAAACAGAGUAACUAAGGAAAAUAAUAGGGAAUAUGCAUGUUUUUUUUUAUUCACCAAAUAUCCUGUCUUUUCGACGUGACGAAUAGUAAAACGUGUCUAAAAUUUAUAAAACUAUCCACAUUGUUCGGGCAUUUAAAACGCUCCCCAUUUUGGGACACUUGGUGUGACGUCAUAAUUUAUAUCAAAUAAAGAGUCGAAGCAUAGAGUUGAAGUUAACUUACUGGUCAAUUGACAUUAAAUUUAAUCAAUCUCCAGUAAGAAUUAAGCCAAUAGAACUUUGUUAUCUAGAUAUUUUUAUUAUUCAGAUUGAAUUCACAGGUGUUGGUAACAAAAUAACCCAGAACUAUCCUAUUUUGACUGGAGAUAAAUUCUUUAAAAUGGCCACACUAUACGUGUAAUGAUCUAAUUAUAAUAGUAUUACAUAUAUACUUAUUUAGUAAGAAAAGUUUAACAUUACAUAAUAAUAAUAAAAAGUACAAAAUAAAGGAUGCCUGAACUAAGUUACAGUAUAAAAUUGAUGUUAUUAAAGUUAGGCAAGUUGCUAAGAAACUUAACCAGAAUAACUUUACUUUUUACUGAAGAUUAAUGUAUUGAUAUAUAAAAUGAAGAGCUCGAUGGCGCAAGUGGUUGGCUGGUUAGCGCGUUCGGCUGCGAUCAUUGAACUUAAGCAAUUUUCGCAGGGGUCGGUAACUAUAUGGGUGACCAACAAUUUAUUAUCUCGAGCUUCUAAAGGCACUUUAAGACGUUGGUCUUGGUUCUAUCUGCAGUCGUUAGCACCCACCAAUCCGCACUGGGCCUCACGGCCCAAUCUCCCUAUUCCAUCCAUAAGGCAGGCCUGCACCCCAGCAGUGGCAAAAUUAAUAUGCUAAUGAUGAAUGUAUUGAACCGUAUGUGUCUGAGUUAUGUUAUCAUGUCUAUGUGAAGGCUAAACUGGUAGAAUACGAGGAUAAGUUGUCCAACAUGACGCAAUCUGUCCGCAAGAAGCGGCAGAGCGCUCAUGACCAGCGGCGCCGCCCUGAUGCUGACAUCGCUGAUGCUUCCACUGAUACCGGGGACGGUAAGAUUGAUUAUCUUAGGGUCAAUUUAUACUAGCGCAGAGUCGAAGCGCAUCGAAGCGUAAAUCCAAUUAUUAACAUAACAAAUUCAACCUUAUCUCCACUGCGGACUGCGCACAUUACUUCGGAGAUUUAAAAAAACUCGCACUCGCGAUUCGAUGGAAUUCGCGCGACUGCGCGUGACCAACGCGUGACGCGCUGAUUGCGCGUUUUCUCGCGAAUCCGAGCGCUCACUAACCAACCUACGCGUCAUCAGUCGGAAAUUAGCCUGUGUUGAUAGAUCAACUGGGAAGUGAUGCAAUAGCACUGCUGCUGAUAAAAGGGUAUUCUCACGCAUAUGUGCAACUUCGCUUUAGUUGUGAAGAAUUUUACGCUUCGGUGCGCUUUGACUCUACGCUAGUAUAAGUUGACCCUUAUCACUCAUUGGAUAUUAACCAAAAUACUAAUACACCGUUUACAUUCAACCACUGCUAUUGAUAUUCGUGUUGCUUUAAAGCACUCUCCAUAAUAAUAAUGGUAGAUGAAUAAUUCUAACACGCCAAUUAAACUAGCCCUAAGGUAGGUCCUUAAGGACCUAACAAGUUAAACAAGGAAUACUUGAACUGGCAUAUUUUCACAAAAUAACAUAUGGCAGCAAUACGAUAUUGUGCACCAUGGUGCUUUUUUAUUGUAUGUGCUAGUUGUGUCCUCUGCGCCAAGCUUUGCGUAAUAUUCCCUACUGAAACACUAUUGAGACACGAAGUUAGUUAGCAGAACAUGCUCGCGUUACCCAUUUUAUGUGCCAUGUUCCUCAUUGUUGCCGCACCAAUGGGCUGAAUGUAAACAGGUUUAAGAAAUUACUGAGUACCGAUAUAGAAUAGCUACAACUAUAAUAAAACAAUUUUUUACGGGUUAUAUGCACUGAAUUUAUUUAUUUAUUAGCGUUUCGCAUCCUUUUCAGGAAUGCUUCAUACAUUAUUCCGAUGAUGGAUGCGAAACGUCAAUAAAUAAA